CACUGGCCCUCAUGUGGGAUCCGAACUCGGGUUCUGCUGCUCAGAGCGUCCCAAGUCAACUCCUAACGCGUCACUCGGCUGCCCCGAGGGUGGUUACUCUUAUUUCAAAGGUGUGUUAACCAAAUGCACAGAAACCAUGGACAAGGUUUCUUAAGGCAAAGAUAAGCCAUUUAUGGAAGAAACUGUAUGCCUGUGGAGUGACCACAGGCCAUGACCUGCCCAGUUAGGAAUUUAUGGUCAGGUUAGUCAGGUUACUUUCUCUAGAACUCCUUUUUCGCCCAAACUUGUAAAUAUUAAAGUAAAGGAUUCCUUGAAAGCGCUCAGACUUCAAGUUCCUAUUGCUCACUGCAUUGCCAUUUUACAGACCAGCAAACUGAGACUCCCCACUGGACUUAUCCAAGCCUCCCAAGUUGGGCAGCCUUGGCGGGGUAAGGCGGUCUGGAGCUGGGACAGUACAGCUUCCUCACAGGCGCCUAGGACACUAGCAGCCCAGUUAAAUCUACAGCGCCAUGGACUCUAGGGGAAGCAGCAUUCCUAACCAGCCCUGGUGGCGCUCCUCACCAAACUGGAAAUGUUCCUCCUGGAACUACAACUCCCGACAGCCCAUGCGACGCGUCCCGGUCGACGCCGGGUGGAGCGUCCGCCAUUGUCUGCGGCCGAGGUGAGGCGGUUGCCGUGGUGGUGGGGCCCUGGAGCUCCGGGAGAACUGACGGGAAGAGGAGUCGCGCGCGGCUGGGCAGAACCUUGGAGCAAAACAAAAGCCGAACGCCCCGGCGAAGCGCCCCGGAGCAGAGAAGUCGCCUGCAAAGAGCGGCGGGAACCAGCCGUAGGGGGAGGCCGGCAGCUGCUAACCAGGUUGGUAUUGCAGCUGCUUUCUUUAUAUCACUGGAAUCCAGUGCUCCUGGCACGCGUCUGGUUAAUUAAUCCUGUGGGAUGGCUGCCAUCAACCCAUGGGCCUCCUGGGGUGUCUUUACAGACCAGUCCUGGGGGAUGGCAGCAGUUGACCCAUGGACCUCCUGGGGAACCAGUGACCUUCCGGGACGUGGCAGUAGACUUCACCCAGGAGGAGUGGGGGCAGCUGGGCCCCGCCCAGAGGACCCUGUACCGUGACGUGAUGCUGGAGACCUACGGGCACCUGCUCUCUGUGGGGAAGCAGAUUGCCAAGCCUGAGGUCAUCUCCCUGUUGGAGCAAGGAGAAGAGCCAUGGUUGGUGGAUCACAUAUAUCCUCAGAGCACCUGUCCAGAAAUGAUGAGAAAACUUGAAAGCAAAGCAUUGAUCCCAACGCAGAGCAUUUUUGAGGAAGAACAAUCCCAUAACUUGAACGUAUGGGAUGAUCCUUGGUUCUCCAAGUUAGAAAUUUUGGGAUGUAAAGACCAAUUAGAAAUGUACCACAUGAGCCAGAGUACAGCUAUGAGGCAGAUGGUCUUCAUGCAAAAGCAAGUACUAUCUCAAAGAGGCUCUGAGUUCUGUGAACUUGGGGCAGAGUGUAGCCAGAGCUUAAACUUUGUUCCAUCUAAGAGAUUUUCUCAAAUAGAACAUUUCUAUAAGCCUGAUACAAAUGCUGAAAGUUGGAGAUGUAAUUCAGCCAUAAUGUAUGCAGAUAAGAUUACUUGUGAAAGUAAUGAUUAUGACAAAGCCUUCUGCCAGUCUGUGCAACCUAUUCACCCUUCAAGGAUGCAAACUGGAGAUAACCUUUUCAAAUGUACUGAUGCUAUUAAAUCUUUCAAUCAUAUACUACAUUUUGGUGAUCAUAAUGGAAUGCAUACAGGAGGAAAACUCUAUGAAUAUAAGGAAUACCAUCAAAUCUUUAACCAGAGCCCAUCCUUUAAUGAACAUUCAAGACCUCAUAUUGGAGAAAACCAGUAUGGUUACAAAGAAUAUGAGAAUAUCUUUUACUUCUCAUCCUUUAUGGAGCAUCAAAAAAUUGGCACUGUAGAGAAAGCAUAUAAAUACAAUGAAUGGGAGAAAGUCUUUGGGUAUGACUCAUUCCUCACUCAACAUACAAGCACUUACACUGCAGAGAAACCCUAUGAAUACAAUGAAUGUGGGACAUCGUUCAUCUGGAGCUCUUAUCUUAUCCAGCAUAAGAAAACUUAUACCGGAGAGAAGCCCUAUGAAUGUGAUAAAUGUGGAAAAGUGUUUAGGAAUCGUUCAGCCCUUACUAAACAUGAACGGACUCACACUGGAAUAAAACCCUAUGAAUGUAAUAAAUGUGGAAAAGCCUUCAGCUGGAAUUCUCAUCUUAUUGUGCAUACGAGAAUUCAUACAGGAGAGAAACCUUACGUAUGCAAUGAAUGUGGGAAGUCUUUCAACUGGAAUUCCCAUCUUAUUGGACAUCAGAGAACUCAUACUGGAGAGAAACCCUUUGAAUGUAGUGAAUGCGGGAAAUCUUUCAGCUGGAGCUCCCAUCUUAUUGCCCACAUGAGAAUGCAUACUGGAGAGAAACCCUUUAAAUGUGAUGAAUGUGAAAAAGCUUUUAGGGAUUACUCAGCCCUUAGUAAACAUGAAAGAACUCACUCUGGAGCAAAACCAUAUAAAUGUACUGAAUGUGGAAAAUCCUUCAGCUGGAGCUCCCACCUUAUUGCCCAUCAGAGAACUCACACGGGAGAGAAACCCUAUAACUGUCAGGAAUGUGGCAAAGCAUUCAGAGAACGCUCAGCCCUCACUAAACAUGAAAUUAUUCAUUCUGGAAUUAAGCCUUAUGAAUGUAAUAAAUGUGGAAAAUCCUGCAGCCAGAUGGCUCAUCUUGUUAGACAUCAAAGGACUCACACUGGAGAAAAGCCCUAUGAAUGCAAUAAAUGUGGGAAAUCUUUCAGCCAGAGCUGUCACCUGGUUGCUCAUCGGAGAAUUCAUACUGGUGAGAAGCCCUAUAAAUGUAAUCAAUGUGAAAGAUCCUUUAACUGUAGCUCUCACCUUAUUGCGCACCGGAGAACUCACACUGGAGAGAAACCAUAUAGGUGCAACGAAUGUGGGAAAGCAUUUAAUGAGAGUUCGUCCCUUAUUGUACAUCUGAGAAACCAUACUGGAGAAAAACCCUACAAAUGUAGUCAUUGUGAGAAGGCUUUUUGUAAGAAUUCUUCUCUUAUUAUUCAUCAGAGAAUGCACAGUGGAGAGAAACGCUUUAUAUGCAGUGACUGUGGAAAAGCUUAUAGUGGUCACUCAGCCCUGCUUCAACACCAGAGGAGCCAUAGUGAAGAGAAACUCUGUGAAUUGAAUUGAAUGAAUUUUUGAAUGAAAGAUUUUCUUUCGUACAUUUGAUAACACAUUGAAGAAAAAACCCUUACAAGUAUAAUCAAGAGGGGAAAUUUUUUAGUAAGAGUUCAAUAAGACUUCUCCCCUUAUUACUAAAUAGAAAAUAUCUUCUUAGAAGAAACGUAUGAAUAAAAAGAAUAGAAGAAAACUUAGCAGAUCUGUAGCCCUUAUUUAACCUCAGAUAAUUACAGUGAAGAAAACUCCAAACUCCUCUUGUGGUCCACCAGCAAUCCUACUUAAGGAACUUGAAUGUAGGGAAUGAGACAUAUUUUAGUAAGAGGUCUUAACUAUUUAUGGAUCAGAGUGCAUUGUUAAGAGAAAAACCUUAUGCUAGGAAAAGGAGGAAACAUACUGUUUUGCAUCAAGCUGGAGAUUUACAAUAACAUUUUGUGCAUAAUUAUGGAAAUACAGAUUCUGUUAUUAUAAUGUGAGGGUCUAGGUGCCCUUUAAGGAAUAGAAUAUGGAAUACUAAAUCUGAAUUUAAGAAAAAAAAUAGUAUUGAAUGAGAUAUUUACUGAUGAUAAAGAUUAACCUUAGAAAAUAUUAGUAAAUGAGAUUUCUAAUGGUGGAAAUGUUAUUGCCUAGAAGUAUGAGACUGAUGUUGUUGGAACAAAUGGUGAUACUUUAUAACCCAGUAUGUUGUUGUCCGUGGUUUACUCAUUCCUGCAUUGUUGGACAUUAGUUAUUUGUUUUAGGCAAUCACUAUAAGUUAUAAUUAUGGACACUGCAUCAAUAUACAUAACCUGAAGGAAUAAAAAGGACACAGAGUUGUAUAUACAUAUCUACUAUGAUACCCAAAAAAUGUAUAUGGAUAAGGACUGAAAAGACCCAUGGAGAAAUUAACCCAGUUAAUUUUUUAAAAAUUUAAUGUUUAACACAGCACUUACCAUGUGCUAGGCUUUGUUUCAAAUGCUUUUCAAAUAUUAACUUGUUCAAUCCCCUUAGUUCUAUAAGAUAGGUUCUAUUAUUAUGCUAGUUUUACAAAUGGAGAAACUGAGGUGGAGAUGUUGAGAAACCUACCUAAGGACACACAGCUAGCAAGGAGUAACACUGAGAUUGUUUGACUCCAGAGUUCAUGUUUUUAACCUCUGUGUUACGCUGCCUCUCCAGUGAUUUUUUUCCCCUAAUAGUUUUUUCUUUUGUUCAGUGUUUCUAUAGUAGAUAUUUGAUAAUAAAAAUCAAGAAAUUUCUAAACAGUGAAAAAUAAAAUUACUUGGCUCUCUUUCCUGAAGGAUUUCUGGUAACAUGAGAGCUAAGCUCCCUUUGGAAUAUGAAGUCUGGACUGGACAUUCAGGAGGACUGCAUUUUCUGGGACCUGGGUUUCCUAGAAUUUUACCACCCACAACCUUGAGGAUUACAGCAGAAUGGGCUGGGAGACGCUCUGGAGGUUUGGGCAAGUCAGAGGAAUGCUUGAUGGGGCAGAGGGCAGGAGAUGCCACUGCAUAUGGGAGCACCAUUUCACAAGUUGUUUUUAUCUUCUCUAGAUGAAAAGAUUGCUUGAUCACAGGAUUCAGAAGUCCUUGUGGAGUGCUCUCUGAGUGCUCACAGGGGGAAGGGGGCAAGAUGGAUAGGAGGACUUGGGUGGCUUCUCUCUAGUUUACAAAUAUGCCUGUUAUUUCCCUAACAUAGGGCCAAAAAUCCUUCCUGGAUAGGCUUCCAGGGUAUUCAUUAGAAAUCCAGGGUAUAAAAGGUUCAUGUAGGUCCACGACGCCUCAGUAGUUGACAAACAGUGGCCUUCUGGUGUCAGGAGAUGCUGUAUUCACCAUAUGACUGUUGUCUCUGGAGCUUACAUAGGUAAUAAUCUGAUCCCCUAUCUUUCAGGGCUUAAUGCAUUGUGUCACCCAAUAAAUGUUGCAGGAGUAAAUGUAAUUGAAUGAAAUUUUCAUGUGAUUUGAGCAAAGACCAGUGGAGAGAAUCGAGUUAGCAAUAUCAUCUCUAAGAGAACGCAGCCUAAUGUAUCAAGUGUCAUACUGCCAAUAUGUGGGUAUUGUGUUCUAAUACCCAAUGUAAUAAAUACACUGAGUGAAUCCAGAUUCUCUGACUUAGGGACUCCAAGAGGUUUUAUAAGUCACACACAAUAUUCCACAAGCAUCCUGUCAAGUUAUUCUAUAACUUAUCAAGAUUAGUGUCUUUUAAAAACCCUUGAACAAACCUUACCUCACAGGCGCUCCUGACAGACAACUUUCCUUCCUGUU